AUGGCACGGAAGAAGGUCGCCGAGCCUAAGCAAGAGACGAGGCGCUCAUUCGUCUUCCCGUGGCUGCAUAAAGAUGUCGAAAAUGCAGUAUCUCACAGCAUGACCUGUACAUGGGUUCGACGAAGUGACGGCGACAAAAGUGCCAACAGAGAAUAUACCUCUCACGUCAUGGGCAAGUUCGAAUGCGUCGAAACCGCGUGCAGUACCGAUGGCUGGAGCGGCAAGAAAGUGGCUAUACGAAUAAGAGGCUACACGAAUAAUGGGUACAACGCGAUAGUCUUCAAUCAGCGUUGCAGGAGAUGCGAACAGCUCGGAACUUUCACUCUGGACAAGGCAGCUUAUAUCGAACGAAUUGCAUACAGAGUUCAGAAGUGGGCCGGAGUUCAAGAAGUGGAACCACCAUAUUACGAUGAAAAGAAAGGCCCACCUCACAGGGAAGAUCUCUGCGAAGGCUGUAAGAAAGGGGUAUGUAAACAGAAAGAUGACUGGCAGGGAACAGGUAUUCCGAGUGCCAAGCCCUUGGUCAUGUGA